CAAAUAUACUAGUGUUCAUACAAUAAAAAAUAAAAUAAAAUCUUAAUCCUUAAAAAAGAGGCGACGAUUAACCGAAUUCAAUUUUGAAGCGGGAGAGUGAUUUAUUAGGUUGUGAUUGCGAAACCUCACUAACAUUCACAGAGCGUGAAAGGUCGAUAAUGGUGGACGAACCCGAAGAACUCGAGCCCUUGUUUGAUUACAGUCGCGUUCAGCCAAACAUCGUCUGCCUCGACGAUGAUGACGAUGAUGUGAUUUGUGUUACUAAGAAGAGAAAAACUUCUAAGCAGCAUAUUCAGGUUGAGAAUGGGAAGACUGAUGUGAAAGCGGUGACGACGCCUGUGGUGGACCUUGAGGAUGAUGAUUGGUUACCUUCUCCACCCAAGGUCAAAAGUAAAUCACAUAGGAAGAUUGACGAGGAGAAUUCGACUUUGAAGAAUUUGAGAUUGAAGAAGCAGGAACUUGCCUCUUUAGCUGAAUCAGCAAAAAAAAUGUUAAAAACUGCUGAGUCUGCAGAAAUGGAAAAUUUCAAUUCAUUGCUGUCUCCCACGGACACUGUAAGUGAAAAAACAUCAAAACCUUCUGAACGAGCAAAGAUUCUCAUCUCUGUUCAAGACAAGGAUGAAACGAAGCAGAUUCGAAUGUUCAUGGAUGACAAGUUUGAAAGGAUUAUUAAAACAUAUGCAGAUAAAAGGAAGUGUGAUCUGAAACAAAUUGUAUUGUCAUUUGACGGUGAUAAAAUCAGUUCAUCUGAAACCCCUGCUAGCCUUGGAAUGGAAGACGAUGAUAUUAUUGAAGUUCAUGUGAAAUCAAGUUGAUUUAGAUCUUCAAUCAUGGAGCUGAAAUUGGCAUUUUGGGGCCUCGUUUUGGAGUUACGUUACCCUUCAAGCUAUUGUUCAAUCAUCAUUGGAGAAAAACAAUUCCAGUUCUUUAAUUAAUUUAUUCACAAUAUAUCAGGCUUAAUUGUACAGCACACGUUUUGACAGAAUGUUUUGGAACAAUUUUUAGGUAGAAGUUUCUUCGGUAUAAUAUGGCAUAGGUUUGUGAAAAUAUAUAAACCCUCCUAUUGUCGUAGUGCAUUAUGUUUGGGGACAGAACUGUUCAAUAAAACUGUGUCAAGGAGAAACUCAAAUUCAAAGCACCAACAUUAUAAUAAUUAUUGUUAGUUAUUGCUA